AUGUCGUGCGCUAAAACUCUCCCAGUACCAACAUUCAAAGAAUCCAUCGUCCAACACCAUAGAACAGAUGGUUACUGGAUCGAAACCUACUGGGUCGAUCCCGAGGAUAAGGUUCCAGGUCUCAUCGGAUACGGCCUAGGAGUCGGUGAUAUAUGCAUCUUCGAUAACCCGCUCAAUGGUGGUCCUAAGGAAGCUGAUGGUGGUUGGAAAUCUUACUGUGUUAAAAAACUUAACUCUCCUGUCGCCGUCGCUACUGGAAAUUGUGCUGGGGCUGGCCGCAACGACAUCGUCAUAUGCUAUGAAUAUGGGCAAACAUUUUUGACUGCUAAUCCCGACGGUGGAGAUAUAAUCUGGUUGGAGAAUCCAGGAAGGGACAAGGAGACGAAAAAACUCAAGGAAGAUUGGAAGGAAAGAACAAUCGGCCGAUGGCCAGCUAUGCAUAGAUUGAAAGCUGGAUAUUUCACCCAGCGAUCCAUCUUAGAGCUUAUUGCUUUACCAAUUGUGAACGGAAUCACUCAGGGUGAUAUCGAUACAGCAGUCCCUAUAAUCAUGUUUCAAAAGCCAGAGAAGUCCCUGAACGCUAUUGAAUGGAAUCGGUCAAUAGUUGACGAUCAGUGCUUCACGGUCAUCCAUGAUGCCGCGCCCAAAAAAUUCGAAGCGCAAGGUGGCCGUGAUUCCCUAUUUGUUGCAUCCCGUUCGGGAAUUGACUGGCUGUACUGGGAGGACAGCAAGUGGAAAAAGGAACAUAUCACAGACGGUUUAGAGCAGAAGCCUGGGAUGGACUAUUAUGGAUCCGCUUGUGUUGAUGUUGGGAAGCUGGGAAAUGAUCCUUCCGCCUAUGUCAUGACCAUUGAUCCCUUUCACGGUGGUGUUGUCUCGGUUGUCACAAAGCAAAAGACUGGACCCGACUCUCAUACAUGGACCCGUAAGGUUCUUGAUAUAUACGGCACUCCGGAGCAGCGGCAGAAUAAAGGCACCGGACCCGGCCAUUAUGUUGUAUGUGGGGACUUUGAUGGUGAUGGCGACGAUGAAUGUCUCGUUGCGAUGAUGGGACCCUCUCCUUGGAAGGGGAUAUUCUAUUACAAAUGCAUUGAUCUUGAGAAUAAAGUAUUUGCAAAGUGGAAGAUCUCAGGGGAGUCUGCUGCUCGUCUUGCGAUUGGCGAUUUCAAUAAUCACGGGAAAUUGGACGUUGCCGCGAUCUCUUACAACGUGGAAAAGUAUUACGAGGAACCCAACCCUACAAUCCGACUCUACACCAAUGAGAUUGUCAAAAGCGCAAAGAGCCCGCCUACAAUUAUUGGUACGGUCUGGGGAGGGGAAGCGUUGUACUAUGUCCCUAAGCCUACAGAGAUCACGGCUCCACAGACCACCCCGCUCAUAAACGUUGCGGGCUAUAUAAUGACACUGGAGAUUCAUCCUCCUAACACAAGCGUCCCAACAAAAAAAGGAGAUGCCACCAAAGUUCUCUACGGCAAAGCUUUAGACGGGGAGAUUCCGCGCGAACCACUCAAUGUUCCCGCAAACGAGAAGGCUUCCGCUUUGCUUCUUCAUGAUAAGCUUGACUUUCCGGAGGUAGGGUGUAUACUCAUGCGGAUUAGACCAGAGGAGGGGUAUAAUCCGCAUAAACCGGACCUUGCGCCACCAACGUCAGCACAUGCAGAAGAUACCCGAGUGAAAGUCGAGAACCUAUUUGAAUUUAGCUACCCGGAGCUAGCACUGCCCCAGCCUCUCAAGUUCACCCAAGUUGGAGAGCUUGAGUGGGGGCAAGCAUGGGUGGGUAAAGAUUUUAGCAACAUGACUGGUAUCGACUUCCGAUUCCUGGAUGGGACACAUCUUUGUCACGUACAAUAUUGGACUAUAGGCAAAGGAGUAUCUGCUGGUGUGCAUAACCAUUCUGAAGACACCUUCCUCGAAGUACAUCUUUGUCUCGUUCCCGGCACCGGAGAGAACACGGGCAUGUGGCGCGUUCCACCCGAUUUUCCAGUUGAUCCAGAAAAGCCAAAUGAUGUUCCAGCUGAUAAGUUCAUCAAGCUUCCGUUGGAAGCGCUAGAACAGCAGGGUGGGUUUUGGGAGAGGGAUCGUGAUGGGAAGCCCAUCUGGUUGGACAAUGGAGCUGUCAAGUACCCGUGGCAUAAGUGGCAAGCCGAUAAUAAGAAAGAUGGUCUCGAUGUUUGGAUAGCCUAUGAGUUUAACCCAGAGCUAUGUCUCUAA